UUGAAGGUUCGUGAACAAGUUGAUUCCGCGAUCUGGCGAUGCAGACCUCGGGAUACAUUUGUGGUGAGGCCAUGGAGUACAUUCAAGGAUAUUGUCAAUUCAACAUUCUGGCCCGUACAGGAUGCCUGGCGGGUAGCACAUCGUUGCCGUUUCGACGAAAUGUACCAUCCACCACUUGGCGAGUUUCGACGUCGAAAAACCUAUACAUCAUUAGCACCAAGUUAUGCGAUGCCGUACCGUGAUCGAGCUAUACUGCCGCUUGGUCUUAGUUCGUAUCAAAGUUAUCAGCCUAAACGAGGAGAAUGGGAGACAGAAAUGAAGAAGUCGAAAAAGUUUUUAAGGCGCUCAAGAAGCCUACUAUCCUUUGAACCAUUGAUCGAGUUAGAGGAAGAAACAUCGGAGAAGAAGCCAAGAAAUGUUUACACCGUUCCGGUGACAACAAGUCGAGCACAAAACUAUUUCUUGUAUUGGACUGGACGUUUUAAUGGUGUAACCAGUUGUGGCCCGUUGUUCUAUCCAACAAAUUUUGAAGGUUCUGAAGAUCGACGUUAUCAUCGUAUAUUUUGGGGACCAAAUUUGGUUGACUAUGUAACGCCAACUGCACGUCAUGCUGCCAGUUUGCUAUUGUCUGCUUACUAA